GACAGAAAAUAGGGGAUGAAAUUGAAACCCAAUCCGCAGGAAAUGGAUGAAGCCCAUUUGAGUGAACAAAUUCUCGAUUGUUUCUGCUUUUUUUAUCUUCGUUUUGGAAUUUAGAAGCCACACAACUUCUAUCUACUUCCAAAUUCCAAGAUGCCGACGUUGAAGCUCUUCACCAACAUUCCGGUAGACUCAGUGAUAGCCUCCGACAUUCUGAAAGAUGCCACUAAAGCUGUUGCAAAGAUCAUCGGCAAGCCUGAGUCUUAUGUUAUGAUUUUGGUGAAUGGAGGUGUGCCGAUAGCAUUCGCUGGCACGGAAGAGCCAGCUGCGUACGGAGAAGUGAUUUCAAUUGGAGGACUUAACCCGACCGUCAAUGGGAAGUUGAGUUCAACCAUUGCAGAAAUUCUUCAAACAAAGCUUUCUAUCGAUAGUUCACGAUUCUAUAUCAAAUUUUACGAUGUUGAGCGCUCGUUUUUCGGAUUUAAUGGAUCGACAUUCUAAGUACCACAAGGAGCAUGCAUGUUAUGGUACUCAUCUUUGGCCAAACAUGAUCUCUUCUGUUUUUGUAUGUUGUAUCAUAGUGUUGUUCUUGUUUACAUUACUCUUUCUAGUAGCACCUUUAAUUUCAGGUUUUUAAUUGAAUUCUAAGAUGGAGUUUAAGUUGGUU